AUGUCCACCCUAUCCACUGUUUCAACAUCCACUCUGUCCCCACCUCCAGAAUUGUCUAUCUCGUUCAAGCUAGCCACCGAUGCGUCAGGUGCCGAAUCCGAUUGUAACAACAGAUCAGACGAUAUCCGCGAGCCACUGGAGAAGGCCAUGAACCUUAUCACCACGAACAGUCCAGGGGUGCUCGCUAUGAUUCUGCACCACGACUACUUCAAGCCGCUUUGA